AUGGCUCCAAAGUCUCUGAGCGAUCUCAAGCGCAAGGACUUGUUCCAGACGAAAGGAUACGUCAACGAGGAAUGGGUCGACGCAGCGUCGGGCAAGACAUUUGAUGUCUACGACCCAGCCACACUGGACAAGAUUGCGACUCUGCCAGAGAUGGGCGCCGAGGAUGCCAACAGGGCUGUCCAAGCAGCCGAUGCAGCCUUCAAAUCUUACAAAAAGACGAGUGCGCGCCAGCGGGCUCGGUGGUUGCGGAAAUGGAGCGACCUCUGUCUUGAACACGCCGACGACCUGGCACUGAUUCUGACCCUCGAAAAUGGAAAGACUUUGACGGAAGCAAAGGGCGAAGUCACGUACGCUGCCUCGUUCCUCGAGUGGUUCGCGGGAGAAGCCGAGAGGGUCCACGGCGAGGUCGUGCCCUCAGCAAAUCUCAACCAGCGCAUCUUGACUUUCAAGCAGCCCGUUGGGGUGGCGGCCUGUCUGAGCCCCUGGAACUUUCCGAUUGCCAUGAUCACCCGCAAAGUCGGGGCAGCACUGGCCGCCGGAUGCACGACGGUGUGGAAGCCCGCGGGAGAAACCCCUUUAAGCGCGCUGGCACAAGUUGUCCUCGCACGCGAGGCAGGCUUCCCCAAAGGCACCAUCAACGUUAUCACCACCCUCAAUUUAGUCGCCGAAGUAGGCGAGGCUCUGUGUAAAAACAAGUUGGUUCGCAAACUCAGCUUUACUGGCAGCACCCGAGUUGGCAAGCUUCUUGCCAGUCAAUGCAGCGGCACAUUGAAGAAGCUAUCCCUCGAGUUGGGCGGGAACAGUCCGUUCAUUGUGUUUGACGAUGCAAAGAUUGAAACGGCAGUGGAAGCUUGCAUUUUGGCCAAGUUCCGCAACUCGGGCCAGACCUGUGUAACUGCCAACCGCAUCUUUGUACAGAAGGGCAUUUAUGACAAAUUCGCCGAGGCGUUAACAGCCAAGAUCAAGUCCCUCAAAGUCGGCCCUGGUACUGAAAAUGGGGUGUUUGUUGGUCCAUUGACACACGAACGUGCUAUCGAGAAGGCCAUGAAUCAUAUCAACGAUGCAAAGAAACAUGGUGGUCAAGUCAUCCUAGGCGGGUCACCAUUGACGGAUUACAAGGGAUAUUUCCUUCAACCAACAGUCAUCACCAACAUGAAUCGAGAAAUGAUCACGACGCGGGAAGAGACGUUCGCUCCAGUGGUCGGUUUGUAUGAGUUUGAAACCGAGGAAGAGGUCCUUGAAUUGGCAAAUGAUUGCGAGGUAGGACUGGGAAGUUUUAUAAUUACUGAGAGCAUUCCUAGAGCGUGGCGGGUGACAGAAGCCUUGGAAGUCGGCAUGGUAGGCGUGAACCUUGGGCUGCUCAGUGCGUGUGAGAGUCCUUUCGGUGGUGUCAAAGAGAGUGGCUAUGGCAGAGAGGGUGGCCGACAGGGCAUCGAGGAGUACCUGAGCGUAAAGUCGAUGUUGAUUAACGUGGCCAACUGA